GCGCAGGGCUUGUGGGUCUAGUGUUGCUGGGCGGGGAAACAGCCAUGUCGGCGGGCGGCGAGGUGGAGCGACUGGCGGCGGACCUGAGCGGGGCCGGCGCCGGGGAUGAGGAGGAGGAGUGGCUCUACGGCGAUGAAAAUGAAGAAGAGAGACCAGAGGAAACACCUGCCAGUGCUCCGCCCACAACUGGAAAUGAAGAAGAAGCAGCUGCUGAAAAUGGUGUAGCGGAAACGAAAGUGACAGAGACCGAGGAUGAUAGUGACAGUGAUAGUGAUGAUGACGAGGAUGAUGUUCAGGUCACUAUAGGAGAUAUUAAAACAGGAGCUCCGCAGUAUGGGUAUGGAGCAGCACCAGUGAAUCUAAAUAUUAAAACAGGAGGGCGAUCUUAUGGAUCUUCUGGGGCAAAAGUGAAAGGAGUCGAUCUUGAUGCACCAGGAAGCAUUAAUGGCGUCCCACUAUUAGAAAUUGACUUGGAUUCCUUUGAAGAUAAACCUUGGAGAAAACCAGGUGCUGAUCUUUCAGAUUAUUUCAAUUACGGGUUUAAUGAAGACACCUGGAAAGCAUACUGUGAAAAGCAAAAGAGGAUACGAAUGGGGCUUGAAAUUUUGCCAGUUACCUCCACUACAAAUAAGAUUACGGCCGAAGACAUUGCUAUGGAAGUAACGCCAGGGGCAGAGAUUCCAGAUGGCACAUACAAUCUUUUUAAGGUGCAACAGGGCAGAACUGGAAACCUGGAGAAAGAAAUACCGCUUCCUCCAACCAAAACUGAGUUUACUUCUCCUCCACCCUUAUUCAAGACAGGAAUCCCAUCAAACAGAAACAGCGCCUCUUCUCAGUCGCAGGCGAGCACUGCAGCCAGAAAAGCCAGUUCAGGCAUCGGGAAGUGGCAUGAUCGAUAUGGGAGGGCUGAGUCACCUGAACUAAGAAGGCUUUCUGGUACAAUAGAUGUAAUUGGACAAACCAUCACAAUUAGCCGAGUAGAAGGAAGACGGCGGGCCAAUGAAAACAGCAAUAUACAGGUUCUUUCUGAUCGCUCCAGUACUGAUGUGGACAACAAUUUUUCCAAGCCUCCUCCAUUUUUUCCUCCAGGAGCUCCUCCUACCCAUCUUCCACCACCUCCUUUUCUUCCACCACCUCCAUCUGUCAGUACUGCUCCCCCUCUGAUUCCUCCUCCAGGAUAUAAAGGCACAGGUAUACCAAUAACUGUGCCACCGCCAGGCUUUCCACCCCCACCUGGAGGACCACCACCUUCCCUUAUACCGACAAUAGAAAGUGGACAUUCCUCUGGUUAUGAUAGCCGUUCAGCUCGUGCAUUUCCGUAUGGUGGUGUCACCUUUCCGCACCUUGCAGGUUCUGCACCAUCGUGGACUAGUCUCAUGGACACAACCAAACAAUGGGAUUAUUAUUCAAGAAGAGAUAAAGACAGAGAACGGGAGAGAGAUCGGGACAGAGAAAGGGAUCGCGAUCGGGACAGGGAGCGAGAGCGAACCCGGGAGAGAGAGAGAGAGCGUGACCACAGCCCCACUCCUAGUGUGUUCAAUAGAGCUCUAAAAAUGGACUGCGUCUUAGAAUCGAUGGCGUCUUAUAAUCGAAGCAAUACGGUAAGAGGAAAAGAGGAAGCUCCUGCAGCAGCCUCGAGCCAUGCGAGCGAGGAGCUGGUUGGUGACGAGGAACGAUAUAGGUACAGAGAAUAUGCAGAUAGAGGCUAUGAGCGGCACAGAACAAGCAGAGAGAAAGAAGAGCGACACCGAGAAAGGAGACAUCGAGAAAAGGAAGAAACGAGACACAAGUCAUCACGAAGUAACAGCAGGCGUCGCCAUGACAGUGAAGAGGGAGAUAGCCACAGGAGGCACAAACACAAAAAAUCAAAAAAGAGCAAAGAAGGAAAAGAAACAGGUGGUGGUGAACCUGCCCCAGAACAGGAAAACACUGAAGCUGCCUCUGCAGAAUAGGCGUGUGUGAUUUUUGCCUACUUGCUUAUAUUAGUGCCAGAAAUAGAUUGCUCUAAAUCUAAUUAUUUUUCUGGGUCUUAAAAAAAUUGCUCAUAAUCUUGUUCUGUUAGUAUAAAAGCAUAAUAAGUUUAAUUUGGAUUUUUGAAAAUAAAAAGAGUGAUUUUUUCAUGUUAAA